UAGCAAGCAGAAUCGGGAAAAUGACGUGGGCCGCCGCCGCAGCAAGUCGCUUUCAAAUUCCGGCAAUGGAUGUCGCCGCCCUACGCAGAAGAGCUCCGGUAGUGUUCGGAGUUGGCUGUGUAUCAAUUGCUGGGGCAAAGUUUUGUGGUUCUUCAUCUGCUCGAUCAAAACCCUUCGCUUGCUUAAGCAUUUCCACUGAUGCCAGUAUAAAGGAGGCUGUUCACACUGAAAAGGCUCCGGCAGCACUGGGGCCAUACUCUCAAGCCAUCAAAGCUAAUAAUUUUGUAUUCGUCUCUGGAUGUCUGGGUCUUAUUCCAGAGACCGGGAAGUUUGUCUCAGAAAGUGUGGAGGAUCAAACAGAGCAGGUUCUCAAGAAUAUGGGGGAGAUACUUAAAGCAAGUGGUGUUAGCUACUCCUCAGUUGUUAAGACAACUAUCUUGUUAGCUGAUCUGAAUGACUUCAAGAAAGUGAAUGAGAUUUAUGCAAAAUAUUUUCAAGCUCCUGCACCAGCUCGGGCAACUUAUCAGGUAGCAGCACUGCCAAUGAAUGCAAGGAUUGAAAUUGAGUGCAUAGCAGCAUUAUGAUUCUCCCUUACCUAUUCAUUCAACAACUUAUUAGACCUCGAAAAGGAGAAAGUCUGCUGACUUCCUAGCCUACAUUCGUAGAUUUAAUAAGCCUGGAGUUAGCUACUAGUCCAGGAGCC